AUGAAUCAGGCGUUUGAGAAGAUGAAGAUGCUGGUGGGAAUGGAGGUUGAAGAUGAAGAACAACCACAAGAAGAGUCCUCCUUCGCUUUCAUGGAGGAUUUCAAUCGCAACUGCACUCUGUCGACCAAACAGAGGUUGUAUGGGUUUGUGACGUGCUUGGUUGCUGGCAUAACUUGCACACUCUUGUCCAUGCUUGUUUUCUUCAAUCCCGUCAAGUUUGGAGUAACAUUCUCCUUUGGCAAUUUGCUUGCUCUUGGAAGCACAGGAUUUCUUAUAGGCCCCAAACGACAAGUGGCAAUGAUGCUUGACCCUGUGCGUAUUUAUGCUACAGCUCUAUAUAUUGCUAGCAUCAUUGUUGCACUUUUUUGUGCUGUAUAUGUCCACAACAAGCUGUUGACGCUUGUGGCAAUUAUACUGGAGUUUGGUGCUCUUAUUUGGUAUAGCUUAAGCUAUAUCCCAUUUGCAAGGUCAAUGGUUUCAAAGAUCAUGGUAUCGUGCUUUGACACCGAGUUUUAG